UGCUCUGCCUGAAGCCCCGCCCACUGCAGCACAACAACCUGGAUCCACUGAGGGUGUCUGUGUUCAGUCAGGAGGCUGGUGAAGGGCAGACAGCCGCUGACGGGCGUCCAUGUGGCAUCUGUGACCGCCGGGUUCAAAGGUCAGGCUGGUUCAGGCUCAACAUCCUUUCCUCCUGCCUUCAGACUGCAGCAGACACACACCUGAGGGGGGGCGGUGCUGCAUGGACACAACAUGGGGUCAGAUGAAGCCUACAACUUUGUCUUUAAAGUGGUUCUAAUAGGAGAAUCUGGUGUUGGAAAGAGCAACCUGCUGUCCCGCUUCACUAAAAACGAGUUCAGUCACGACAGUCGGACCACCAUCGGGGUGGAGUUCAGCACACGCACCGUGCAGCUCAAUGGUUUCAUCAUCAAGGCGCAGAUCUGGGACACCGCGGGCCUGGAGCGGUACCGAGCCAUCACUUCUGCGUAUUACAGAGGAGCCGUUGGGGCCUUGUUGGUCUAUGACAUCACCAAGCACCUGACCUAUGAGAGCGUGGAGCGCUGGCUGAAGGAGCUGUACGUACACGCUGACCCUCACAUCGUGGUCAUGCUGGUGGGCAACAAGUCGGACCUGGACUCAGACAGGUCCGUGCCCGUGGAGGAGGCCAAAGAUUUUGCAGCAAAGAAAGGCCUGUUGUUUCUGGAGACCUCUGCUUUGCAGUCAACUAAUGUGGAAGCAGCAUUCAGCAUCAUUUUAUCAGAGAUUCACAAGAAGGUGAGCAGCAAGGAAGUGGUCCGAGGCUCCAUCAGUGCCGUGUCUCUGAACAGCUCCGGAGCAGAAAACACAGAGAAGAAGCCCUGCUGCAGGAACAUCUGACCCCAUCAGGGGGGCAUCAGGGCCAGUGGGGCAGCACCACCAAACAACGCUGAGGUGGAAUCUGACAGGAGGCGGGCAUCAAGGCAACCUCUGGUGCCAUCAUGAAUGGUUGACUGAUGCUGAUUUAAAAAGACUGAUCUCUGAGUUUGUUGAAGACUUGAUGUAACUGAAAACCAACGUCAGCUUUUAUAAAACUCUGCUCCCUCCUGAACGAAGGUCAAAAACACUAACCUUUUAUGAGAUGAUCUAUAAUUUAUAUGAAAAUUCUGAAAUAUAUAAACACAUCAAGUCAUAUUUAAUAUUUGAGACGGUACCUGGUUGAUUAAAUGUUUUCAUUAAAAUCAGCUGCUUGUUAUUUUAAAAUGAGGUCAAUGAGUGUAUUCUGGUUGUAUUUUUGGUGGCAAAAUAAAUAAUUUAUUUGAAAAAAAAGCA